UCUCGACUUGAAACCAUUGUUUCGUGGUCAUCCAAGCGAAUUCGGGAUAGGUCUAUUCUAUCGUACAUUUUUGUCCCCAGGCUAUUUUCAUUUUUUCGCCUGAAAGAAAGGCGGGGCACGAGCAUGGCAUAACACUGUUCAAGUGGAGCUAAAAAGUAUGGUAUAGGACUUCUUGCUGGCUUUACUUGUGUGAAGUGCACUUCAUCUUGYCAGCUUUUUCCGUGACAAUGCCAUCCAAACACUCGAUAUUUUUAACAGCUUAAGUGACUCUUGAUAACAAGCCAGUAUACAAUUCACAGUCGGGCACAGCGCCAGAAUGAUCUAUUUUUGUUAAUUUUGCCGGAUAUUAGAAUAUCGAAGCUURAAACAAUAAGCCCAAAACUUAGAAAGUCAUUAUAAUUGGACAAAAGCAAUUGGGAAUACUAAUCUCCCACUUGAAGACCAAGCUUUUGGGUUGAGACAGGAAUCGUUUACGCCAUGGUGAAUGCGAGCAAAAACAUUUAGUUUUAUAUCUAAUUCAAUUAUAUAAAAAAAAAGGAAAAAAAAAAAAACCCAAGUAAACAAAAAUGUACUACUUCCUAGCUUAUAAAUAAUUUCAUCAUAUAUAGAAAAAAUGUAAACAAAAGUACARUAAGGACUGAUCGAUCUCAACUGAAGUCCAUACGACGCCUCAGCUUCCGUUUUGCGGAUGUCUCAAGGGUAUGGCACAGUGAAUGCAAUUCAACUUUAGUUUCUUUAAUUUCUAUCGGUGUAUGUGGGUUCAAAUUACAUUAUAUUUUACACCUUAAAGUUCUUCAUUGGACGCAAUCUUUUUCUAGAAAGAGUGACUAUGUCGACARUGAUGAAUUUAUUUUUGCUUACAUUUUAUUGGCUGAUUUAGGAGKAUGUGUGUGGGGGGCUGGAGGUAUACAUUCUCGUGGCGAGUCGUAAGAUUAAUACAUUAUUUUAAUCAACCAGUAGAGGCAAACAUCUGCACAGUAUUUAUAAACCAGACAUUCGGCACAGACAAGAGCUAAUCGCCUGAUCUGACUUUACAUUUAACUGAAUGCUUCUUCGAUAACAUCAAAUUAAGAGGCAAGUUUGACCAAAAAGCCGAGACAGAGUUGAAAACGAGGCAGUCGAAGACGAAGGCUCGAGCCAGAUGUCAAAAGCAACCAAUUUCUCGAGUAAGCCUUCAGUUCCUCCAGCUUGGGUCGAACCAUCACCAAAUUGGGUUGAAACGUUGCAAGCACUGCAAUGGAUGUGGUAUGCACACAUUUAUGGGUUCGGAGCUUCGUUUCUUGUCUUAGCACUUUGCAGUUUGGCAUCAAUUAUCGCUCUUUUCCGGCGUCGCAGUGGUCGUAAAAGGAASAAAACUCAUUUUAUAGUAACGAGUUUCCUAUUAUUUCUUCUCGGAACAUUUCGAGGAAUCAUCCUAUUUUGGGAACCAUAUCUCUCUAGUGGUAAUGACUCCAAACCUUUAGUUUUUGCAUGCGUCUCAAUUUGGGGCAUCGCAAAAGCUUGCCUCACAUCAGCUUUCUCUAUAAURCUGUUGAUAUUUCUUGAAACUACAAGAAUUAAUCUCGCCCCUCCCCGAUUCCAAAACUUGCCCUUUUUGCUAGCAGUAGCUUUGGUCAACAUUGGGUAUCUGGUCGUGUCAGAUUCUGUAGUUCUUUUCUAUCCCUCCGCAAAGGUUCUGGUACUAAUCUGUCAAGUAACAUCCGCUGCCUGGGGUCUCUUAGUGUGCAUCGGGUACGUUCUAGCCUGUAAACGAAUGCACAGCAACUUGAUUGCUUCAAACAAUCCCACCAACCAAUUUUUCGAUGCGGAAACAAAGCGACUAUCGCGUCUGCGGUUAUUAAUGCAAGCGGCAUCACUGCUCGGUGCUUCUAACUUUGCUCUCAAUAUUUUUAUUGCUGCUAGUCAGCUUGGUGUCCUCAGUGAGAUGGGAGRAAGGGUUGAUGGCUGGUCGUGGUAUGGAACGCAAACAAGUUUACGAAUGUUAGAGCUAUUAAUGAGUUUGUUUGUCAUUCUUGUGGGCCACAACAGACGAGGUAGCCAAGAUAGUGCGCCAACCCAUCAGUCAAAGCUGCAGCCGUUGGCACUUGGCAGAAUAUCAAAAGUCAGUCCAAGUGAGUUGACUGUUGAGGACAUUCAACAGGGAUAACGUGAAACGACAUCUUUUCUUUUCUCGGACAAAUCCACACUAGGAAAUUACUAGCUUCAAUCAGUGUUUCAAUGACAUUUGCAGAAAACAAAGUUUCCAAAAGUUUUUUAUUUAGUCCACUAACUGGAAGAGAUUUUUAUUAUCAUUAUUCAUUACGAAUAACCGGAGACCAUACUCCCAGACCCGAAUGCUUAAGCGUCGUAUGGCAGCGCGAAGCAUUUACGGCUACGCCAGAGAUUUCGACCCCGACACCGCUAUCCCGGGAGGACUUACAGACUGAUCAGGAAGCUCGGCAAAAGCCUAAGGGAGAGGUUAGUCGGCCCCUAGACCGUAGAUGAUUAACCCCUUGCUAUGACCAGCAAACCUAAUAUGUCGUAUCUGUUACUGAUUAGUUAGGGCACGUGGCCAGUCCUUUCCAUGUGGGACCUUUUGUAAUGAAAAGAUCCAUCCAGCUAAGAUAAAUCUUAUCAUUUGCAGACUUCAAAUUAGAAGAAAAUCUAACUACUCUAAUUUGUCUUCAGCACGAA